CGGAGGAGCCCAGGACCCCCGAGGGAGGGGAAGGAAGGAGGGAGGGAGGGGAGGGGGCUGCUUCUGCUCCUGCCUCCUCUCCUCGCUCCGAGAGAAAGAUUGAGAGAGAGAGAGCGAGAGAGAGAGAGCGAUGAACCUGCUGAGCGGCCGCGACGGGGCUCCUUCGGCGGCGGUGGCGGAGCCGGGAAGCAGCCCCGCCGAGGAGGAGCAGGCGCCGGGCUCGGGCUGCGGCUGGCGGGGAGGCGGCAGCAUGGAGAGCCCGCCGCUCUACUCCUGCCCCGAAGGCGAGCGAGGCGGGGGCGGAGGCGGAGGAGGACCCCCGCUCGGCGGAGAAGGGCCGGCCUUGGGGCACCGCACCACCUCCUUCUCCGUGCUGGACAUCCUGGACCCCAACAAGUUCAACAGCAAGGCCCGCCGGGCCUGCGCCCUGCUCUGCAAAGCGGCCGAGGAGGCGGCGGAAGAGGAGCCACGCCGGAGGAAGAGCCCCUUCGCCCCAGGCAAGCUGUACCGGAGCGAGGAGGAGGAGGAGGCCCGGAGUCUCCACCGAAGGAGCCCCGAAGCGCCCGAGGAGGAAGAAGAGGAGGAGGCGGGAGAAGAAGAAGAGGAGGAGGAAGAAGAGGAAGGAGGCGCGGGGUUGUGCAGCCACAGCGUGGAAGAGGCGGAGGAGGAGGCGGCAAAAGACGGAGAGCAGCCUCCUCCGCAGCCUUCUCCUCCUCCUCCUCAGCAGCAGCAGCAGAGCCAAGCGGGUCCCCCCAACCCCCAGCCGCCGUCUUCCUCGUCCUCCUUGUCCUCGUCCUCCUCCUCGUCGUCGUCGAAGGCGAAGCGGAAGCGCCCGGGCUCGGACUCCAAGUCGGGGAAGCCCCGCCGGGCGCGGACGGCCUUCACCUACGAGCAGCUGGUGGCGCUGGAGAACAAGUUCAAGGCCACGCGGUACCUGUCGGUGUGCGAGCGCCUCAACUUGGCCCUCUCGCUCAGCCUCACGGAGACCCAGGUCAAGAUCUGGUUCCAGAACAGGCGCACCAAGUGGAAGAAGCAGAACCCGGGCGCCGACACGAGCGCGCCCACUGGCGGCGGGGGAGGCGGCGGCGGGGCGGGCGGGGGUUCCGUGGGCGGCCUCUCGGGCCCGCUCAGCCCGCUCAGCCACUCCCCGCCGCUGGGGGCCCACGGGCUGGCGCUGCACGCGGGGCCCGGGGCCUACGCCGCCCACCCGGGGGCCGGGGGCUUGGUCUGCGCCGGCCCGCUGCCCUUCCUGCCGGGCCCCGCCGUCCUCUCGCCCUUCGUGCUGGGCUCCCAGGGCUACGGCGCCCCCGCUUUCUACGCGCCGCACCUCUGACGCUUCUCCCUCUCGGCCCCUGUCUGUCAGUCGGCCGUCCAGGCGCAGAUCCCGCCCACUCCCAGCGCCAAAGCCCAGUCCGCCCAGUCGGGUUUGUGUCCCCAAAAGCGCGGGAGAGGCGAGAAGGCGCCUUCAGCA